AAUGUUGCAAACGCUCAAAUGAUACUUUCUCUAACAAAUCGCUACAAUAUUGUAAACAAGGUUUAUUCUGUCAAAUUCGAGAAUGCAUGGACAAGCGUCUCAAACCCCCAUCACUCCUCCUUCGAUGGUGUCUCCACGGAGUGUGAUUGGAUUAGAGACGGUUACCCUUUCCCCUCUAACCCGGUGAUGUUGGUUGUUUCCUGGUCUCUCUACUCGACUGCUGAAGCUCCACUGAACACAGCUCAGAUACCGGACGCUUUAAUCAAAGCAAAAGCCUAUCAGACAAUUAUUUCACAUUCAAACAGACAGCAAUGCGAAGGAAAUCGAGGAUAUUACUAUGCUUUGCUGUCCUCUGGGUGCUUGGCAUAGCAUAUUAUUUCUAUUCAGGAACAACGUUGAGCCGAAAGGAUGACUGGAACGCUAUUGACUCAUCAAAUCAGGCCCAGGCCCACAGCAACGCAGAUGACAAAACCCACAGUCUGGAGACACUCCCCCCAGGCAAGGUGAGGUGGCAAGACUUUGACCAGGACCUGUAUGUCGGUGCUACUGUGGUGCGGCCGGGGCAGGAUCCCUACGCUCGCAACAAGUUCAAUCAGGUGGAGUGUGACAAGCUCAGGAUGGACCGUGGAGUCCCUGACACCAGACACGACCACUGCCGGCAUAAACAGUGGAAGACUGAGCUGCCUGCUUCGAGUGUGGUCAUUACCUUCCACAAUGAGGCCCGCUCAGCUCUGCUCCGCACCGUAGUCAGUGUUCUUAAGAAGAGUCCCCCACACCUUGUCAAGGAGAUUAUCCUGGUGGACGAUUACAGCGACAACCCGGAGGAUGGAGCCUUGUUGGGGAAGAUUGAGAAGAUCCGGGUUCUUCGAAAUGAUCGCCGAGAAGGUCUGAUGAGAUCUCGGGUGAGGGGGGCCGACGCAGCCACUGCCAGUGUUCUCACCUUCCUGGACAGCCAUUGCGAGUGUAACGAACACUGGCUGGAACCGCUGCUGGAGAGAGUGGCUGAGGACAAAACGCGAGUUGUUUCCCCCAUCAUCGACGUCAUCAACAUGGACAACUUCCAGUACGUAGGUGCCUCGGCCGAUCUCAAAGGAGGAUUUGAUUGGAACCUGGUCUUCAAGUGGGACUAUAUGACCCUGGAGCAGAGGAGGGCACGUCAAGGAAACCCCACUGCUCCAAUCAAGACUCCCAUGAUUGCCGGCGGACUCUUUGUCAUGGACAAGGACUACUUUGAGUUGCUGGGGAAGUACGACAUGAUGAUGGAUGUGUGGGGCGGAGAGAAUCUAGAGAUCUCUUUCCGCGUGUGGCAGUGUGGCGGCAGUCUAGAGAUCAUUCCCUGCAGUCGAGUGGGACACGUCUUCAGGAAGCAGCACCCAUAUACCUUUCCUGGGGGCAGUGGCACCGUGUUUGCUAGGAACACAAGGCGAGCAGCAGAGGUGUGGAUGGACGAGUUUAAGAACUUCUACUACGCCGCUGUGCCCUCGGCCCGAAACGUGCCCUAUGGCAACAUUCAGAGCAGAAUGGAAAUGAAGAAGAGGUUGGGCUGCCAGCCAUUCAAGUGGUACCUGGAGAACGUGUACCCUGAGCUGCGGGUCCCUGACCAUCAGGACAUUGCCUUCGGUGCUCUGCAGCAGGGAGGUAACUGCUUAGACACGCUGGGACACUUUGCAGAUGGAGUGGUGGGGGUCUACGAAUGCCACAACGCUGGGGGAAAUCAGGUAUCAUUCAGGGCUCAGGAAUGGGCGCUGACCAAGGACAAGUCAGUAAAGCACAUGGACCUUUGUCUGACGGUGGUAGACCGCACCGCAGGCUCACAAAUCAAGCUGCAGGGCUGCAGGGAAAAUGACAGCAGACAGAAAUGGGAGCAGAUUGAGAGCAACUCUAAGUUGCGGCACGUGGGCAGCAACCUGUGCCUGGACAGCCACAGUGCACGCACUGGGGGGCUGACAGUGGAAGUGUGCAGCCCCAACCUCAACCAGCAGUGGAAGUUCACUCUCAACCUCCAACUCUAGAGAGAGACAGUGUCCCCACCACCACCUCCUCCACCACCACCUCCUGCUCUCCUCCCAGGAGCCACAUAGACUAGAGCCACCCAGCAACAACUACGGACAGAUGGACGGACAGACGGAGGCCCCCGGAGGGGCCACAACACACAGAGGGAAGGAUAUGAAACUACAGACCAAGUGGGAUGAUGAUGCUUUCCAUUCAACUAUAUACCUCAGUGUUUCAUCUUUAGUCCUGCUCUGGAAAGUGAAUGUUAUUUUUCUUAAUGCAGGUGAAAUGGAAUUAACUUUCUGGAUGUUUUUUGUGUGUUUUUUUUAACGUAUUCUUUUAAAAUUUCUCUUUCCACUGAAGUUCACUGCGUUUC